AUGUCAAAAGAAAACGAAAAAAGGGAAAUUAACCAUGAACAAGAAAUAACUCCUUGGAAAGUAGAAGGAGCCAUAAUAGACGGCAAGGCACAAGCAAUUAAUUAUGAUAAAUUAAUCGAACAAUUUGGUACUAAACGUAUUGAUGCCGAAUUUAAGAAAAGAUUUGAAAAUUUGACGGGAAGAAAGCUUCACCCUUUAUUACGAAGAGAUAAACCAUUCUUUCUUUACACAGGUCGAGGACCUAGUAGUAAUAAUGAUGAGAAAUUUCUUUUCAAACCGGAGUUAACAUUAGAUGAUACUCGUAAAUUCGCAAGAGAGAAUGCCAAAGAUAUUAUUGCAUGCAAAUUUAAUGUCGAAAAGACAUUUAUAUUUUCUAAUUCCGAUUACGUCGGCAAAGAAUUCUAUCAUAAUAUUGUAAGGAUUUCAAGAUGUAUUACUACCAGUCAAUCAAAAGCUACUUUCGGAUUCAAUGACAGUGAUUGUGUUGGAAAAAUUCACUUUGUUUCCAUACAAGCAGCACCAUCAUUUUCCAAUUCCUUUCCACAAAUAUUUGGCAAACGAACGGAUAUUCCUUGUUUGAUUCCAUGUGCUAUUGAUCAAGAUCCUUACUUUAGAUUAACGCGUGACGUCGCGCAUAAACUCAAAUAUCCUAAACCAAGUUUGGUUCAUGCUAAAUUUUUUCCCGCUCUUCAGAUAAACAAACAUGCCUUUUCUGGUGGCGGUGAUACUAAAGAACUUCAUGAAUUACAUGGAGGAAACCCUGACAUUGACGUUGCUUACCAAUAUUUAUCUUUCUUCUUAGAUGACGAUGAUGAAUUAGAAUCAAUUUAUAAGAAUUAUAAAUCUGGAAAACUUAUGACUGGUGUGUUAAAGGCUCAUUGCAUUGAAGUAUUACAAAAAUUUGUUGGUGAAUUCCAAAAGCGCAAAUCCGAAAUCACAGAUGAAGUUUUGGAUAAAUUUAUGGAUCCUAAUAGAAAAAUUUUAGUUGACGGUGUUUGA